UUCGUCGUGCAUGACCUUUCCCAGGUCUCCAUCCCAACGUCCGCCCGCACAUCUUUCACAUGUCACGCUAAGGUGACUUUCAGGCAGUUUUUUCCACUUUUGCGCACAAUGUCGGAGCGCCAUAAAGAUGCACACUGAGAACGCAGUGGCCAAGCGGACCGCCCAGGCUGUGCGUGAGGACAUAUGCGAGCAGUCAGGUAGUCAAAUUAUCAGAACGAGUGUCUCUCGUCUGUUUCAGUGGAGUCACGGUGUUUCUUGUCAUGUGUAGCGGGAUUUCAGGGACUCAGAUUAGCUCAAGUCUAAUCGCUCUCACAAACAGAUGCGGGGCGCGGGGAUGCUGGAUGUGUUCGUUACAAUACACCCUGGAUUUAUUUAAUUUCCUCCCCUGUGUCUCAAUGUCAUAAUGGACAGGUUGCAUUCAUCCAUGCGUAAAAGGCUCUACAGUUUGCCACAGCACAUUGGACAGAAAGCAUCCAUAAUGGGGGAAGGAGAAGACGCAGACAAGGACACCCGGAGGAAGAGUAUAAGGAUGAAGCCUCUCCCGUCGCCGACCUCUGGGGUAAGCUGCAAAGGCAUCGGUGAGACCAAAAGUGGGGAGUCUGUGAUCAUGGAGACGGACAUGGGGAGACCACUGAAGACGAGCUCAAAUGGGGACUGCCGGAGAUUUCGAGGCAGCCUCUCGUCCAUCACCAGUCGGCAUGUACACGACUCAGACUCGGCCGAGGCGAGACGCCUCAUCACCGAGGGGGAUGUCACCCCGAGCGAGGAGAGCCCCCCUGGGGCGAUCGGCGACGAGCAGCCGGAUGAAGGAGCGCAGGGUGCCAGCGGUGGCGCCCAAACCGACCCUCCAGACCAGCAGGCGGGUUUUAUAAAGUUGGAUGGCAUUGAUCAAAUUCUACCGGACGACGCUGGAUUAUAUCAAGCCGGGUUCAUACACAGGCAGCUGGGAGCGAUGCUUCAACCGGGGGUCAACAAGUUCUCCCUGAGGAUGUUUGGAAGUGAGAAAGCGGUCGAACGAGAACAAGAGCGAGUCAAAUCGGCCGGAUUUUGGAUAAUUCACCCAUACAGCGACUUCAGGUUUUACUGGGACUUAACCAUGUUGCUGCUAAUGGUUGGCAACCUCAUCAUCAUCCCCGUGGGCAUCACUUUCUUCAAAGACGAGCACACCCCACCCUGGAUCGUUUUCAACGUGGUCUCAGAUACAUUCUUCCUCAUGGACCUGGUCCUCAAUUUCAGGACGGGCAUAGUCAAAGAAGACAACACAGAGAUCAUCCUGGAUCCCCAGCAGAUCAAAAUCAAGUACUUGAGGAGCUGGUUUGUGGUAGAUUUCAUAUCCUCCAUCCCUGUGGACUACAUUUUUCUAAUAGUGGAGACGCGCAUUGACUCGGAUUUCUACAAGACAGCACGUGCUUUGCGGAUUGUACGCUUUACAAAGAUCCUCAGCUUGCUACGACUCCUACGACUGUCUCGACUCAUUCGUUACAUCCACCAGUGGGAAGAGAUCUUCCACAUGACCUAUGACCUGGCCAGUGCCAUGGUGCGGAUAGUCAACCUCAUUGGUAUGAUGCUGUUGCUGUGUCACUGGGAUGGCUGCCUGCAGUUCCUGGUGCCCAUGCUGCAGGACUUCCCAGCUGACUGCUGGGUUUCCAAAAAUAAGAUGGUGAAUGACACAUGGGGACAGCAGUAUUCCUAUGCACUCUUCAAAGCUAUGAGCCACAUGUUAUGCAUUGGGUACGGCAUGUAUCCCCCAGUGGGCAUGACAGACGUCUGGCUGACCAUCCUUAGCAUGAUUGUGGGCGCUACUUGUUACGCCAUGUUUGUGGGGCAUGCCACUGCACUCAUCCAAUCGCUGGACUCAUCUCGGCGUCAAUACCAGGAGAAGUACAAACAGGUCGAGCAGUACAUGUCCUUCCACAAGCUUCCUGCAGAUAUGAGGCAGAGAAUCCAUGACUACUAUGAGCACCGCUACCAGGGCAAGAUGUUCGAUGAGGAGAGCAUCCUGGGGGAGCUCAACGAGCCGCUCCGAGAGGAAAUCAUCAACUUCAACUGUCGAAAGCUAGUAGCUUCGAUGCCUCUGUUUGCUAACGCUGACCCCAACUUUGUCACGUCCAUGCUCACCAAGUUGAGGUUUGAGGUAUUCCAGCCUGGCGAUUACAUCAUCAGAGAGGGAACUAUUGGGAAGAAAAUGUACUUCAUUCAACACGGGGUGGUGAGCGUCCUCACCAAAGGCAACAAAGAGACCAAGCUUUCAGACGGCUCCUACUUCGGGGAGAUUUGUUUGCUGACACGAGGCAGGAGGACAGCCAGUGUACGAGCCGACACAUACUGUCGUUUGUAUUCUCUCUCUGUGGACAACUUCAAUGAGGUUCUUGAAGAGUAUCCUAUGAUGAGAAGAGCCUUUGAGACUGUUGCCCUGGACCGGCUGGACCGAAUUGGAAAGAAAAACUCUAUUCUUCAACACAAGGUGCAACAUGAUCUCAGCUCUGGGGUACUCAACUACCAAGAAAAUGAGAUUAUUCAGCAAAUUGUUCAACAUGACAGGGACAUGGCCCACUGCGCCCACCUCAUGCAAAACGCUCCCCCACAGACGCCUCCAUCACCAACCCCUGUCAUCUGGGCGCCCCUAAUCCAGGCUCCCCUCCAGGCUGCUGCUGCCACCACCUCAGUGGCCAUUGCACUGACACAUCAUCCCCAUCUCCCACCAACACUCUUCAGACCUCCAGUCUCUGUUCUCAGUUCCCUCAAGGACCCAUCCACCAGACUUCGAAAGUUCCAACCAUUCGUUCCUUCAUCCACAGCACCUGGCUCCUCUGGAGACUCUCUAUCUAGCACACCCUCUAAGCUGCACUCUGGGGUGGACAUGCCAUUGCUUGCCGCCUUUCGUGCUCACCAUAUGACAUCUGGUUCUGGGACAGUUGGCUCAACAAGACAAGGAUCAGGCUUGGGAGGCCAACGUGGAAAUAAUGGGACUGGGUCUGUGUCCAGUGAAGGGGGGACUAAUGUAUUCCCUUUUGGUCCACACUCAUCCUCUGUUUCUCCCUCUUCUAGUAUGGCACAACUUCACCCACAACCACAGUAUCAACAACCCUUUCGAUCCAGCACCCCACCCCUUUCGAAUCUCUUUCACCAAUCACCUGUAGGCGGAAGCACAGGAUCAGGCCUAAGUGGAGGAGCAAUUGGAGCAUGUGGGGGUGCUACAGGUUGGUCUUCAGGAGGCACAGCUGGAGGUUCUGUUGAAGGAGCCUCUGGUGGAGACUCUUCUUGGGCUGGGGAGGACUUCACAACUGGUAUAGCAGACAUUACUUCUAGGGAGCGCUUCGACUUGAAAGGAGCAACUGAAGGAUCAUUACACGGAAAUCCGGGGGAAAUACUCGGUGCAGGAUCAGAGAGCUCAGUGGGAGCUGCUUGUGGUCAGUUCACGGGUACAACAUCAGGAGCAUCAGGGUUAGGUGUCACUUGUGGUUUAAUGCAGGACAAAACCAAGAGAUUACUAGAGGAAACUUCUAGAGGGUCAAUUGAAAGAGUCUCCAGGGGAUCAAUGAGUGGGACUUCACAAGAAUCACUGUUACUUACAAACCCUGGGGGAUCAUUUGGGAAGGCCAGCGAUGGUUCAUCUGCAUCUGUUUUUGAUAUAGCCUGUGGGGGAACAUUUGGAGGAGUUUCUGUUGAAAUGUCAGUGGGGAAUUCAACAGCAUUGUUUGGGAAGUCUUCCACUGGAUCAGCAAGCAGCCAUACAGGAGGAGCCUCAAAUGAGCCUGGAGAAACCACAACAGGAGGAUACACUGGUAGAAUGACAGGAUGUGCGGUAGGAACCCAGGUGGCAACAUUUUCAACUUUACCUGGUUUACCUUCAAGUGGAAUUACAACAGGACUUGUUGGGUCCUCUUUUUGUCAGAGUCCUUUAUCUACCAGUCCAUCCAACAUAAUGUCUAGUCAGAUUCUCCCAAACCAACCACAUCCUAAGUCGCUUCAGCAGUUUGCUGGAGGAGGUAGGACUACCAGUGGCAUAAACCUCUUCCAAUCACCAUCACAAGGCUCACCAUCUUGUGUUAGGGGGCAACAAACUCAGUUGCCUGCUACUGGUUCCCCACCAUCCGUCAGCCACUUUAGCUUGGCAGGCCUUCAGUCUGGCUGCUUGCCUCACCAGAUGUCACUGGAGAAGUCUGCAUUGGCUUCAUUGGCUCAGUAUGGUUCAGCAAACGCCUCUCCUUGCCUUACCCCAGUAGCACGGAGUCCUACAGUACAAAGUCCAGUGGCAGGCAGGACUUUUCAAUACAGCGACCCUUCAAGUAUUGCAGGAUCCCACAGUUCUUUGCUCAUGCCCCAGUCUCCUCUCCUUUCACAGCUUCCCAGCCUGCCACAAGCAUCAGGGAGAGAUUCUCCUUUAGCUCCAUUUUCUGAGGACCUAAAAAGUUUAUCCAGCUCACACCCAUCUUUACCCCAGGAGGUGGCCCAGGCCCUGAGCCACCAAACUACUUGCUCCUCUGUGGAAUAUUAUCCCUCACCAUUUUCCUCACCAACUCUUGUGCCCAAACCCUGUAGCUCAAUAUCAGGGCACAUGACUCCUCCAAAGCAGGAGUCGAUGGGGAACCCUAACCUGACUCAGUCCCCUAGAUCAUCUCCGGUACCUCCUCCACAGAGGGGCUCUGGUGCCUACUUGUCAGAUCUAGAACCUCAAACUGCUCGUUCUAAACUUCCUUCCAAUUUGUGAGGAUCGAUCACACCCUCCUGUGCUCCCCUGAAAUGAAACACAACUAUCUGUACUCAUGAGAUUAUUUUAUGUUGUCAGACUUCAUUGUGUUCCAUCUCUCAUUUACCAGGAUUUUUACAUUUACUGUGAAUUCAAGAUAUUUUACUAGGAAACUCAGAGCUAUAAAGUACUCCUCUUUUGUUUAAUUCAUUGUUCUUGUUCAUAUAUGCUGUAUAUAGGCAGAAGUAUUUUAAACUCAUAGGCUAAUUAAGGGACGGGGAGGGUGUGAAAGUGAUCUCAAGGACUGUCAUUUUCUUUAUUUGUAAGACUAUGCCAAAUUCAUCAUCAUUCAUAUUAUUUGGAAAGUAAAUCAAUAGAAUACAUAAAAAAUGUUUUUUAUUGCAGGAACCUAUGCACUAAUACCUGCAUGUAUAAAGGCUUUUGUGUGUUUUAAGAUUACUAUCAAAAUUUUUAGCUCAAAAGAUAUGAUUUGAGACUCAUCGACUCUUGUACCUUUCUGUUUAGGAUCACAUAUUGCUGAUUCUUAAAUGUAUUUAUGAGAUUGUUCUUAUUUAUCCUCUGUAUAAACUUUUCAAAACCUUGAACGAUGGAGAUGAGAUUUUAGGAUACCAAAAAGACUUUUUCUGUGGAAUAACUAUUCACCUCUCCAGGGCCCACGAUCCCUCUUUUAUACCACUUUGUUGUUUUCACGCUGGUAUUUGAAACAGAGGAAGAGGGGUUUGCUGAGCUACCUUCUGUCUCAGUGUUUCGACAUAAGAGUAUGUGAUGGACGACCUUUCUGCAGAGUCCUCAACCAUAUUCUAACAAGCUCACCUUGUCUUCCAAGCUUGUGACACUUAAGUGUAUUAAGUUUGUAUUGUUUCUCUUCCGAGCCAUGCUCAACUGUUAAUGUGUGAGUGUAGCAACAAGUGUUGAAUGCAAGGGAAGAGUUUUUCCAGACUGAUCAAAAGUAAGUUUGCCUUUUUUAAACAAAACUUAGGACUUCCAAUAGCCAGUUUGUGUGAUGCAUUGCAUAGCACUUGGAUCGUAAAGAAAUACUUUUACAUUUGAUAGUAAUAAAGCCCAUUGGGGAAAGUGAUAACAAUUACAAUGAAACUUGAUUUUUUUCUCUCACUAUAUGGAUCCGCAUCGAGUUUGAAAACAACAUCUUCAUUAACCAAUACAGUUUGUUAAAUCAGAAAUACAGAAAUGCUGGACCAAAAAUAUUCAUUUAUCUUUGCACCACUUCCUCUGGUGUAGCUGCUUAAUGGUCAGCAUGAGUUUUUCUCCUUAGUAAAGACUAAUUAUGAGUUUGAGAUGUUGAAUGUAUGCAUGAUGCUUCCAAUGAGUACUGUAGGUAUGGUUGGUGCACUGAAGGCAAAUUGUCCCUAAGAGGGUUAAGAAACUGUUCUGUAACUGUAAAAGUCAUUGAUUCUAUGUCUUUAACAGACAGUAUCGUCAGCAGCCAUUUCUGUAGCCAUAAUGUCCAUUAAAAGACAUAUAAGUGCGAGUUGAGUAGUUCAUGAGAUAAUCUGGACAUGUUACUGUGAAAGCUGCCUGCAACAGCCCACUUGUUACUCCUAUAAUCUUUUAAGUGACACUGUACAUUUGUGCCAUUUUAAAAAUUAUCCAAUUAAAUGUUCAGGUAUUCUUGGCCUCUUUUAUAUUUUGGUAUAAACAAAUUUUGAUCAUUUUUGAGAAAGCUCAAACAUAAUAGUUCAAUUAACACCUUCAAUUGCAAAACUCUAGAAUUUGACACAGCAAUUCUGUUCUUUCGCACACAUGUUCACACACGGAUGAUGGCUGUAGCCCCAGCUGCCAUGGGGCACAACAACUGAGACAGAUGGAGCAUGGAUUUGAACCGGCAACCUACUGAUUAGGGGAAGAACUCCUACCACCGUCACCCCCUAUUUGAGAAAUGUGCAUUUUAAGGUUAUUGAUUCACUAACAACGAUUUACUCUUGCUUCAGGCUUUGAUAUGAAGCAAAAUGUUUCAUGUUAAAUGUUCAAAUAGCAGAGCCAAACUAGAAAAGUCUAUUAUGCCAAAGUCUACUAUUUGGCAUAAUAAAUAUGUAUUUAGAUGUUGAAAUGAAGCCCUGGAUAAAUGUGGAUAGCUAUUUAAGAUUUGAACCACUUCUGAAUAACAUUCCAACCUGGACACUUAAUGAUUUCAAAAAGCUGUCACAAAGCCAUAAUAAUUUUUGUAAGGCAAAGUAAACAUACCGGAAACCCAAGUUGCAAAAUAAAAUCUAAAUUCUGAAUAUUUUAUUUCUCUCACUUGAGCAAUCUGAUCUGUUUAAGCUAGAAUUAUACAAUUCUUUCCAUUUACCAAUUUUCAUGGGUUAAGUCUGUAAAAGAUAUAUUUAAAUUGGAUAUUUUCUGAUUUAAG